UCUUCUGCAUGGGGUUCCCCGUCUCUCCAACUGCCGCCGUCACUAUCGCCGAUGCGGGGUUUCCCGAAAGCCGACGUGGGGAGCCGAAACCCAUAGUCUCGUGUCUAGCACGACGCCAAGUCGAUCCCCUUCCCCCAAAUUGAGGUCCCCAUUCCAGUCGUCGGAUGUCCCAACUCUUCGCUGGUCACCCGAGCUCUUGGUUCCAUUUAAAGCUAUCCUUCAACCCCGAGCACUGACAGAGAGGCUAGAGCCAACCAACGUACGAGCCAAGUAACAAAAACCAGGAUUGAACAACUCGGCAACAAAGUGUCGGAUCAUCAAAUCCGGGGAGCCCCACAAUCCCCGAAUUUGCGACCAAGAGCUUAUAUCCGAAAUAUCCCCGCCCGACGCCUUAGCACGCCACUCCCCUACCCUUCUCCCCCUGAAGCAACUAACAUGUCACCGGCCGCGACACAGAAGUCGGUCCUCGUGACUGGCGGCGGAAGCGGGAUUGGGCUCGCCAUGGUGCGCCACUUCGCAUCCGAGGGCCACCGCGUCGCCAUCCUGGACGUCAACGCUGCCGCGGGGGCCAAGGUCGCCGCCGACGUGGCGGCCGAGUAUCCCAGCGCGGGGAUCUCGUUCAAGAAGUGCGACGUGUCGUCCUGGUCGGAGCAGGCGGCCGUGUUCAAGGAGGUCUACGAGGAGCACGGCAACAGGCUGGACGUGGUCAUGGCCAACGCCGGCAUCUCGGAACAGGGGACGACCAGCUCGGUCGACCUGAAGGAGGACACGCCGUCGGAGCCACGGUUGGCUGUCAUCAAUGUCAACCUCACUGGAGUUAUAUAUUCGGUCAAAUUGGCUUCUCACUAUAUGAAUAAAAACAAGGUGGACUCGGGUGCGCAGUCGAGAGGUUCCAUCAUAUGCACUGCCUCAAACGCUGGCCUCUAUGCGUUCCCAACUGCUCCCUUGUAUGCGGCCUCAAAGGCUGCCGUCAUUGGCCUCGUUCGGUCUCUUGCCAAACCUCUGAGAGCUGUCAACAUCCAGAUCAACGCAUUGGCGCCGGCAGUGAUAGAGACGAAUAUCGCGCCCUCUAAAGAUCUGUUCAAGACAAUGAAGAUCACACCCAUGUCAACUCUCGUCCGUGGGGUUGCGCAGUUUAUAGCUGAUCCAGCCCUCACGGGGGAGGUCGCUGAGAUUCACGGUGAGAGCGUAACAAUUCGGCCCGUCUUUGAGUGUGUGGACGAAGACAGUGCCCAGAAUCUCGCGACGUUUGAGAGCUUGGGAUACGCGUGAAACAUGGAAGGUUCCGUGUAAUUACAUAGUUAGCGC